AUGGCGAUAAUGUCCAUAGAUAUAAAAACUGAUGCUCUGGUCAGGGAACGCUCCCUCGGCCAGACUGAUGCCCUGGCCAGGGAACGCUCCCUCGGCCAGACUGAUGCCCUGGUCAGGGAACGCUCCCUCGGCCAGACUGAUGCCCUGGUCAGGGAACGCUCCCUCCGCCAGACUGAUGCCCUGGUCAGAGAACGCUCCCUCGGCCAGACUGAUGUCCUGGUCAGGGAACGCUCCCUCGGCCAGACUGAUGCCCUGGCCAGGGAACGCUCCCUCGGCCAGACUGAUGCCCUGGUCAGAGAACGCUCACUCGGCCAGACUGAUGCCCUGGUCAGGGAACGCUCCCUCGGCCAGACUGAUGCUCUGGUCAGGGAACGCUCCCUCGGCCAGACUGAUGCCCUGGCCAGGGAACGCUCCCUCGGCCAGACUGAUGCCCUGACUGAUGCCCUGGUCAGGGAACGCUCCCUCGGCCAGAAUGAUGCCCUGGUCAGAGAACGCUCCCUCGGCCAGACUGAUGCCCUGGUCAGGGAAUGCUCCCUCGGCCAGACUGAUGCCCUGGUCAGGGAACGUUCACUCGGCCAGACUGAUGCCCUGGUCAGGGAACGCUCCCUCGGCCAGACUGAUGCCCUGGUCAGGGAACGCUCCCUCGGCCAGACUGAUGCCCUGGCCAGGGAACGCUCCCUCUGCCAGACUGAUGCCCUGGUCAGAGAACGCUCCCUCGGCCAGACUGAUGCCCUGGUCAGAGAACGCUCCCUCGGCCAGACUGAUGCCCUGGUCAGGGAACGCUCCCUCGGCCAGAAUGAUGCCCUGGUCAGAGAACGCUCCCUCGGCCAGACUGAUGCCCUGGUCAGGGAACGCUCCCUCGGCCAGACUGAUGCCCUGGUCAGGGAACGUUCACUCGGCCAGACUGAUGCCCUGGUCAGGGAACGCUCCCUCGGCCAGACUGAUGCCCUGGUCAGGGAACGCUCCCUCGGCCAGACUGAUGCCCUGGUCAGGGAACGUUCACUCGGCCAGACUGAUGCCCUGGUCAGGGAACGUUCACACGGCCAGACUGAUGCCCUGGUCAGGGAACGUUCACUCGGCCAGACUGAUGCCCUGGUCAGGGAACGUUCACUCGGCCAGACUGAUGCCCUGGUCAGGGAACGUUCACACGGCCAGACUGAUGCCCUGGUCAGGGAACGUUCACACGGCCAGAAUGAUGCCCUGGUCAGAGAACGUUCACUCGGCCAGACUGAUGCCCUGGUCAGGGAACGUUCACUCGGCCAGACUGAUGCCCUGGUCAGGGAACCUUCACUCGGCCAGACUGAUGCCCUGGUCAGGGAACGUUCACACGGCCAGAAUGAUGCCCUGGUCAGAGAACGUUCACUCGGCCAGACUGAUGCCCUGGUCAGGGAACGUUCACACGGCCAGAAUGAUGCCCUGGUCAGGGAACGUUCACUCGGCCAGACUGAUGCCUUGGUCAGGGAACGCUCACUCGGCCAGACUAAUGCCCUGGUCAGGGAACGCUCCCUCGGUCAGACUGAUGCCCUAGUCAGGGAACGUUCACUCGGCCAGACUGAUGCCCUGUUCAGGGAACGUUCACUCGGCCAGACUGAUGCCCUGGUCAGGGAACGUUCACUCGGCCAGACUGAUGCCCUGGUCAGGGAACGCUCACUCGGCCAGACUAAUGCCCUGGUCAGGGAACGCUCCCUCGGCCAGACUGAUGCCCUAGUCAGGGAACGUUCACUCGGCCAGACUGAUGCCCUGGUCAGGGAACGUUCACUCGGCCAGACUGAUGCCCUGGUCAGGGAACGCUCCCUCGGCCAGACUGAUGCCCUGGUCAGGGAACGUUCACUCGGCCAGACUGAUGCCCUGGUCAGGGAACGUUCACUCGGCCAGACUGAUGCCCUGGUCAGGGAACGUUCACUCGGCCAGACUGAUGCCCUGGUCAGGGAACGCUCCCUCUGCCAGACUGAUGCCCUGGUCGGAGAACGCUCCCUCGGCCAGACUGAAGCUCUGGCCAGGGAACACACUACCACACACAGGAUGAGUUAUAGGGUGCACUACCACACACAGGAUGAGUUAUAG